AUGUUCCUGAUGGAGUCAGGGGACAAGAGUGAUAGCAUCAUGGUGUUUGCCAUAGUUGGUGUUGGUGGAAUUGGUAAGACUACCCUCAGCAAGAAGGUCUUUAAUGAUGAGGCCAUCCAAGACAAGUUCACCACAAAGAUAUGGUUGAGUGUCACACAAGAGUUCAGCGAGGUUGAGCUGUUGCAGACGGCCAUCACUUCCGCCAAUGGAAACUUGCCAGGGCCAGGUGGUUGGUCUCAAGACAAAGCUUUGCUUGUGCCGGCUCUUGCGAAUGCUAUCAGAGACAAGAAGAUAUUUCUUGUGUUGGAUGACAUGUGGGGCAUCAAUGAAUGGACCAACUUGCUCAAGGCUCCCUUUAGCCACAGCGCUCCUGGUAGCCGAGUCCUCAUCACAUCAAGACAUGAAGCCAUUGCUCGAGGCAUGAAAGCUGUGCAUCCUUACCACCAUGUUGACAAAUUAGAGCCUGAAGAUGCUUGGUCAUUGCUCAAGAAGCAGGUACUCACAACAGAGAAAACUGAACCUGCAGUUGAUAUGCUUAAGGAUAUAGGGUUGCAAAUCAUAGAAAAAUGUGACGGGUUACCGCUUGCCAUAAAAGUGAUGGGAGGACUCCUAUGCCAGAAGGACAAAGAACGACGUGAUUGGGAAAAGGUUUUGCAUGAUUCUAUAUGGUCAGUAAGUCGUAUGCCAGAAGAGCUAAACCAUGCAAUAUAUCUUAGCUACGAGGACUUGUCUCCAUGUUUAAAACAAUGCUUUCUGCAUUUCUCCCUUAAGCCUAAAAGGAUAAGUUUUACCCACGUACAGUUUGUGGGAAUGUGGAUUGGUGAAGGAUUUGUUCAUGGGGACUCUGAUAAAUUUGGAGAAUUAGGAAAUGAGUACCAUAAGGAGCUAAUAUUGAGGAACCUUAUAGAGCCGGAUCCGUUAUAUUCCAGUCAAACUAUUUGCCACAUGCAUGAUGUUGUCCGAUCAUUUGCUCAAUUUUUGACUAGAGAUGAAGCACUAGUAGGUCAUAGUGGAGAAAUUCUUAAUAGCAAACUUAGUCUGCCAAAGUUUCUUAGGUUUUCUGUAGAAACCAAAGGCGGGCAAUCUGAUGAAUUUGAGUGGAGAUGUUUACAAGAGCAAAAAUUGCUAAGAUCGAUAACAAUAAUUGGGAAUUUCAAGAUUCAGUCUGGUGAUUCACUGAUGAGCUUUUCAAGUCUUCGAACUCUACAUAUAGAGUCUGCAAAUUUUGCUGCAUUGACUGAAUCUCUAUAUCAGCUCAAACACUUGAGGUAUCUAACACUACAAAACUGCAAUGAUAUAAACAGCCUGCCAGAGGACAUUCACAAGAUAAAAUUCCUACAACACCUUGGUCUUGAAGGUUGUAGGAGUCUGGUGAAACUUCCUGACAGCAUUGUCAAGUUAGAGGAACUGAGAUUUCUUGACCUUGACGACACAUGUGUAAAUAGCAUGCCUAGGGGUUUCUGUGCCUUGACAAAUCUGAGGGAACUGUAUGGGUUCCCAGCCUACGUGGAUGGUGAUUGGUGUAGUUUGGAAGAGUUGGGACCUCUUUCUCACCUCGUUCAUCUUGGAUUAAAGGGUUUGGAGAAUGUAGCUGUUACCUCGUCCGCCUUGAAGGCCAUGCUUGUUGCAAAAGUACAUCUUACCUUAAUGAAAUUACACUGCACCAAUACACUUGACAACAAUAGAAGAGUACCCUCUGAGAAGGAACAAGGAAUAAUUGAGGAGGUGUUUGAUGAACUCUAUCCUCCGUCUUGCACCGAAAAUAUUAACAUCCAAGGAUAUUUCGGUCACCAGCUCCCAAGAUGGAUGAUGUCAACAGCAACAUCGCCUCUCAAGAGCUUGAGGUUUCUAACAAUGCAUGAACUGGUUUGUUGCACCCAACUCCCUGAUGGCUUGUGUCUGCUCCCAUGUCUUGAGCUCCUAGCAGUUGACCGAGCGCCAGCUAUCAAGCGUCUUGGGCCUGAAUUUGUGCAGUCCCCGGAUCACCGUCAUCAUCCUUCAUCCCAGAUGACAACUUCUUUUCCAAGACUGCAUCAGAUGAAACUAAAUGCAUUGGUGCAAUGGGAGGACUGGGUGUGGGAGGAGGAAGUGCAAGCUAUGCCCCUCUUGGAUGAGCUUAGUAUCGUAAGAUGCAAUUUGAGGUGUAUCCCCCCCGGCCUUGCAUCCCAUGCAAGGGCUUUGAAAAAAGUAUAUAUGAGCAACAUCGAGCGCCUCGACUCUGUUGAAAACUUUGGUUCCGUCACUGAGCUCAGGCUGUCUCACAUGCCCGAGAUGACUAGGAUCACUAAUCUUCCCAAAUUGCAAAAUCUUGAGAUCAGCUUCUGCUCAAAGAUCGAGUUACUUGAGCAGAUGCCUGCACUCAGAAGACUUGCGCUGAAUCUAGGGUACAGUGAGAAACAACUACCGCUAUACCUACAGGCUGUGAAGCCAAGUCAUUUUUUGUUGAACUGCAGCCGAAAGGUACUCACCUCCAUGGCUUCGGGAAAAUCUGGCUCGGAGUGGUUCAAGUUCAGCCACAUCCAGCAUGUUGAGGUUUAUGCAAAUGAUGGAGGCAAUGAGAAAAAAUGGCACCUACUGUACACAAGAGAGCCCUACAAGAUCGAUACAAAUGUUGUGCAGGAUUACUCAGAUGAAUAAUAGGACGUACCAUAAGGAGAGGAAGGACUAUGGAAGGAAGGAUGCAACAUCAUCCAAGGUUAUAUGUGAUAGAAGCAGAAGGAAAUGUGAAUCGACGGCAGCCUCCCCCUCUUCCUGAAGCCAGGAGCUGGCGGCUCAUACAUAUCAAGUGGGCGCAUCCAUGGAAACGACGAUACAGUAUGAAAGCGAGAUGGAGAAAAUGAUACUGAACUUUAUUUUUUGCGAGAAGGUGUAGGCCAUGUAUUAAAAUUAUCCAACCCUUGCAAGGCCAUCCUUACAAAACAGAGUACUGUACAUUUGUUCCAUAUAUGAGCCCCUGGUCUGUUCCUUUAUUCUUAUUGCCUGGUUGGACAGACUCAGUUUGAUGAGCAGGUGAGGAAGAUAAUAGUAUACAUAUUACAUA